CUGGUUGCCGACGAGCCUGACACCGAAAAAGCCCCAGUCAAAAGAGGGAUUAUUUUAUAGACUGACCACUCCUGCUUGUCAAUUCUACCUGCCGGAUUUUCUCAAGAAUCAUGAAUAUGUCACCCCACGACCUGAGGAAAAAUAUACGAGAGCUGGCAUUAGAGAUUGGUGUACGAGUUCUUCUUUUCGGAGUUUUUGUAUUCACAGAGUUCCUGGAGCCCUUUGAGAGAGUGAUCCAGCCAGAGGAGCUGUGGCUCUACAAAAAUCCCUUGGUGGAGUCGGACCAUAUCCCCAAGAGGGUCAUGUUCGCGAUUUCAUUUCUCACUCCGUUGGCUGUGAUAUUUGUGGUGAAGAUCAUUCAGCGGACAGAUAAGACAGAAAUCAAGGAGGCGUGUCUAGCUGUCUCACUUGCUCUGGCUUUGAAUGGAGUCUUCACAAACACUAUCAAGUUGAUAGUUGGCAGGCCCAGGCCAGACUACUAUCAGCGCUGUUUCCCAGAUGGACAGGUGAAUAUUAAGAUGCUGUGCACCGGAGAACCAGACCUAGUGUCAGAGGGACGCAAGAGUUUCCCCAGCAGCCACUCCUCCUUUGCGUUCUCUGGUUUGGGCUUCACCUCCUUCUAUCUGGCUGGGAAGCUGCAGUGCUUCACAGACGGGGGCCGCGGGUGCAGCUGGCGUCUGUGUGCCAUGUUGCUGCCUCUCUACAGCGCUUUGAUGAUCGCCCUGUCCCGCACCUGCGAUUACAAACACCACUGGCAAGAUGCCUUUGUUGGAGGGGUGAUCGGCCUGAUUUUUGCCUACAUCUGCUACCGACAGCACUACCCUCCGUUCCUGCACAUGGACUGCCACCUGCCUUAUGCCAGUCUGGACAAAGCCCCCCACCUCGAUUCUGCCCAGGGCGAUCCUCGGGUCCUGCCCACUGAGAACGCCACCAGCCUGCCUCUGAAGGGAAUGACGGAGGGGCCUGUAUGACUCCUGCCCACCCCUACCUCCAGACACAGUCUCUAACCCCACCCUCACCCCAGGACCACCCAACCCGCUCCCCCUCUCACUAACUGUAGAUGACUAGCUUGCACUUACAUAUACCAGUGGACAGUGCUGUACCCCCCCCCUCCCCCUCUCAGUCUUUCUCCCUGUCUCUCACCUCCCUACAUCCUCACCCUUUGUUUGUUUUGCCUGCCGGAAUCAGCACCCUUUCAGGGGUCUUUAUUUAGAGAGGCUGUGUAUGUAUGGCAUCUGGGAAUAUAGGACAACACUGCUGGAGCAAAAAGGCAAAGCCCUAACCCAACAUUAAACUGCUAGGAUGUUCAUUACAAGUUGUUGCUCAACAUUUUAUUUACUGCUCACUUUAGUAGAAUGGAGUUAGCUGGUAUAGCGGUUGGUAUCAAUUUGAUGUAGAGUUGGAUGGAAAGCAGAGCGCCUGGUGGUAAAUCCCAUUAAAUGUCACAGCUCCCCAAUUUGAUUUAUUAGAUAUCUAAUCGCUUUGUCAGUGAUGGAAUUCACACUACAAAAUCUGAUAGCUCAAACAUUUCUAACGUUGAGAGAACACAUCAACUAUAAGGGCCAGAUGUAUGGUCACUAAUGUUCUCCAAACUGUAUUCUAUUAUUAUUCAAUUAGCCUUGGGCUUACACCCACGGACGUUGUUUUUGCAUUGUUCACAUCUCUCCUACUGCUGGUUUUCCAUGGAAACAUAAUGAUAAAUAUAACACCAAUAGGUCAUUAUCAAUAAAACGUCACAAUACCGAUCGAUUUGGCUGCUGGGGGGGGAAAGGAGACUCCCAGUUCUGCUAAAACCCUUGACAGCUAUGUGCCGUUUUCAAGGAAUUGUUAAAUAAAUGUUAUUGCUAUUUGUUUUUAAUAUCACACUUAGCUCUAUCAUCAGUUUUACAGCAAUCGGUAAACAUCAUUUCAACAACAUCAAGGGAUCGCCAGGGGGCACAGCGGUCUAAGGCACUGUUUGAUUCCAGGCUGUAUCACAACUGGCCGUGAUUGGGAGUCCCAUAGGACUGCGCACAAUUGGCCCAGAGUCGUCCGGGUUAGGGUUUAGCCGGGGUAGGUUGUCAUUGUAAAUAAUAAUUUGUUUUAUCUGAAUUGCCUAAUUAACCUUUAUAUAAGUUAAAUAAAAUAAAAUGUAUGUAUUUUCAGACACGUGAGGGUAGCCAGAUCCAUUUGGCAUUUAGCUAAAUAGCUAAAGCAAACAACGUGUCAUUUAGCUUUCUUCAUCUGAGAUUAGGCUUUUGGAAAGAGCUUGACAUCACGCUGGUAAAGUUGUCAGUCAGACUACUGUCAUCACCACUAUAGAAGGAAAGCAAAAUCACACAAUAUUUGGAAAUAGCCACCUAAUUUAUCCCCUGAAAGUUAUUUUGUUAACUAGCCAUAUUGACGUGAUUGGUUAUUAGUUAGCUAGCCAAUUUAAUGUGGUCCCAUCAAUCAAUAUAGCUUAUCAUGUCUUUCAGAAGCAAACGUGAUUAAACAUUAUUUAAAAGGGAUAAUGUUAGCUAUUUUGCAAAGUAGGCCUACGUUAGUUGGUGAAAAAGUACAUUAGGUCUACUUACCGCUAUGUUUAGCCAAAUGUACAAAAAAUCUGUAGCUUACAAAAUAAACAUUAUCAGCUAACAGUAACAUUACAUCGGCAUAUGCUGCUUGACAGGCAGACGCCACAAACCAUGGGAAAC